UAUAAUGAUAGGUUGUGUAGUGUACCACUGCCAUCUAGUGGCAGAAGUUAAUAUCAGCUUUACUUACACAGAUAGUUUAUACAGACAGGAAGUGACCUUUGUUCCAGGAAGCUCUUCCACCAUCUUGAGGUCAUUCUUCCACUGGGCAGGCAGCAUGUAUCUAUCUCUCCCAUGAGGUUUGGGACAUCAUCACCUUUUCACAGACUAAAAUAAAGUUGGAGUCCUCUGGUGGACAAUACAAGCAUGGGCUUCUGUUUACUGGAGUCUCUAACAAGUGUUUAGCUGUCCGUUUAGAACCACACAUAGUCAGUGUUUUGAGAGCGGAACAGUGAAAAGGUGAUAGCACAACAAGCCUGGAGAUAGUAGUUGCUGCACAGACAGAAUGAGUCUAAGAUCAGGAAGUCAGUAUAAUGCUGAAGAUCAGCUACCCGGGACACAUCAAGGCAGGGAGAGCGCGCCAAGUGUCCAGCAGGAUGAUGUACGCUCACGCUCAUCUAGAUCAGCAAGGUCCAGUCAGAUUUCAUCAGCAAGUGCCCUUUUUGCCAGGGCUCGCGCCAAAGCAGAGGCUGCUCGCGUUCAGCUAGAAUUUGCUGAGAAAGAGGCUGCCAUUAUGAAGGAAAGAUCUGAGAAAGAGGCUGCCAUUAUGAAGGAAAGAUCAGAGAAAGAGGCUGCCAUUAUGAAGGAAAGAUCAGAGAAAGAGGCUGCCAUUAUGAAGGAAAGAUCAGAGAAAGAGGCUGCCAUUAUAAAAGAAAAAACCGAACAGGAAGCAAAGUUGCAUAUUCUUCAACGUCAGUGUGCAGCCGCUGCUGCAGCAGCAGAAGCAGCAGCUUAUGCGGAUAUUGAGCGGUCUGGAAUGGAAUCUAUCCACGAAGGCCCAGAUGUGCCCGAGAAACCGCUUUCCUCUGCAGAACGCACUAGGGCGUAUGUCCAAGAUAUUUCAAGUGGCAGCUCAACAAUACCGUUUCUCAAUCCAAAGUCAGCUGAAUUUAAACCAAAACCAUCAGUACUCCUGAGCGCACAAAAACAAACCCAUGAGGCUGGCAGUACCAGAGUGAUAAAAGAAGAAUCCUCACCGCAGCAACCCAAACACCAGAGCAUGCAAGACGUCACUAAAUAUCUUAUCCGUAAAGAAAUGGUUAAUACAGGCUUCCUCAAGUUUGAUGACUGCCCAGAAAAUUACUGGGCAUGGAAGGCUUCUUUUCUGAAUGCAGUCAAAGACUUGGACUUAACAGCAGCUGAGACGCUAGACCUGAUGGUAAAGUGGCUUGGGUCUGAGUCUGCAGAGCAUGCAAGAAGGAUGCGCAGGAUACACCUAUUUAACCCUUCAGUAGGACUCGAUAUGGCCUGGCAAAGGCUAGAAGAAAGAUAUGGAUCACCAGAGGCAAUUGAAGGUGCUCUGAUGAAAAGACUGGAGUCUUUCCCUAAGCUAAACAGCAAAGACAAUUUAAAACUGCAAGAGCUGGGUGAUAUUCUUUGGGAAGUCCAGUGUGCCAAAGAAGAAGGUUAUUUAAGGGGACUUGCACAUUUAGAUACUGCCAACGGUACUAAGCCUAUAGUAGAGAAACUACCUCACCACCUGCAAGAGAAAUGGGUGAGUGUUGGAGCUAAAUACAAAGAAGAACAUGGUGUCCCCUUCCCCCCUUUCUUUGUGUUUUCUAGGUUUGUACAGCAGCAAGCUAAGAUGAGGUGCGAUCCCAGUUUUUCCUUCAUCACCAGCAGCCAACUGCCUAAGGCAGAAAAGCCACCUAGAUCCUACAAUAGGACUUCAGUGAUCACCCACAAGACAACAGUUCCCUCUGAGGACCCAGGAGAUUCAAGCAGCUACAAGGUAAACACCUUUGAAGGCCCUGACAGACUUUGCCCACUUCAUAAAAAGCCCCAUCCUCUAAACAAGUGCAAAGGGUUCAAAAGUAAACCUAUCAAGGAAAGGUUAGCCUUUCUUAGACAAAACGGCAUAUGCUUCAAGUGUUGUGAAUCCACCAAACAUAUAGCUAAAGACUGCAAAAUACAAGCAAAUUGCUCAGAAUGUGGCAGUGACAGACACAUCUCAGCUCUGCACCCCAAUACUUUGCAUCAACCAUUAGAGGUCACUGAAACCCCAAAAGAUGAGGGCAGGGAGCAAAAAGAUAAAUCAGCUAUCCCAGUAAUGUCCAAAUGCACUGAAAUCUGUGGUGACAGUACAAAUCCACGCUCAUGUUCCAAGAUCUGCCUAGCAACAGUGUACCCCACAGGGAAAAGAGAAAAGGCAGUAAAGAUGUAUGUGGUUCUGGAUGAACAAAGUAACAGGUCGCUGGCAAGGUCAGACUUUUUUGAUGCCUUCAACAUUACAUCAAGGGCAGUUCCAUACACCCUAAAGACAUGUGCAGGAGUGAUAGAAACUUCAGGGAGAAGAGCUACUGACUUUACUAUUGAGUCUCUUGACAAGAGGAUCCAUCUCUCACUUCCCACUUUGAUAGAGUGUGAUAUGAUACCAGAUGAUAAAUCAGAGAUCCCUACACCAGAAGUGGCCCUUCAUCAUCCUCAUCUUAAUGCAAUAUCUCACCUUAUUCCAGCUGUCCAGACAGACGUCUCUAUUCUUCUACUUCUUGGAAGAGACAUUCUACAGGUGCAUAAGGUACGCCAACAAAUUAAUGGACCAUUUAAUGCCCCCUAUGCGCAAAGACUUGACUUGGGGUGGGUUAUAGUAGGAGAAGUUUGUUUGGGAGCAGCUCAUCGGCCUGACAGUGUCAACACUUCUAAGACAUCUGUGUUAACAAAUGGACGCACGUCCCUUCUCAGUCCAUGCCAAAACAGCUUUGUUGUUAAAGAAACCCUAAAACCAUACUGUGGCUCUCCUUCCAGUUAUGAUAGGAAUAUUAGUAGUGGUCUGAAGACCGACAAUUUAGGGAACUCAGUGUUCCAGAAGACAAAAGAUGAUGACAAACAAGCAAUGUCCAUAGAUGAUCAAACCUUUCUCCACAUCAUGGAUAAAGAGACUUUCCAAGAUAAGAACAACAAUUGGGUAGCCCCUUUACCUUUUCGCAAACCAAGGUGUUAUUUACCUAGUAACAGAGAGCAAGCCAUGAAGCGCUUAAACACACUACGCAAAACUUUGCAAAGAAAGCCUGAAGUGAAAAAAGACUUUACAGAAUUUAUCAAAAGGAUGCUGGACAAUAAUCAUGCUGAAUUAGCACCAUCACUGGAUAAAGGUAAAGAACACUGGUAUCUGCCAAUGUUUGGCGUUUACCAUCCACACAAGCCAGAUCAAAUAAGAGUUGUGUUCGAUUCCAGUGCUCAACAGGAAGGCAUUUCACUAAAUGAUGUACUGCUGAGUGGCCCAGACCUAAAUAACACACUUCUGGGUGUCCUCUUACGCUUCAGGAAGGAGCCUAUUGCCUUCACAGCUGAUGUGCAACAGAUGUUUUAUUGUUUUCUAGUCAGAGAGGACCAUCGAGACUACCUGCGUUUCCUGUGGUACAAGGAUAACGACAUAGAUAAAGAGGUAACAGAGUACAGAAUGAGAGUACAUGUUUUUGGUAAUAGCCCUUCCCCCGCUGUUGCCAUAUAUUGUAUGCGGAAAGCUGCCCAGAAAGGUGCAGAACGUUAUGGUCAAGAUGCCAAGCACUUUGUGAUGAGACAUUUCUAUGUAGAUGACGGACUUGCUUCAGCGAACACACCUGAAGGAGCAGUUAACAUUCUCAACAAAGCAAAACAAAUGCUGGCAGAGUCUAAUCUGCGACUACAUAAGAUUGCCUCUAACAGCAAACAAGUCAUGGAAGCUUUCACCGCAGAAGACAGAGCUAAAGACCUCAAAGACCUUUGCCUGGGAACAGACAUCCUUCCAUUGCAGAAAAGUCUAGGCCUAAGCUGGGAUCUAGAUAAAGACUGUUUUGUGUUUCAGGUUUCUUCAGCAGAAAAGCCAUUCACAAGAAGAGGGAUCCUAUCCACUGUUAACAGUCUCUACGACCCUCUCGGGUUUGUGGCACCAGUCACCAUAAAAGGUAAGGCCUUAGUUCGUGAACUAUCAAGUGGAGAAAGUGAGUGGGAUGCCUUACUUCCACAAGAAAGACUCCAUGAGUGGGUCCAAUGGACAGAGUCUUUACAAGCCUUACAAUGUUUACAAAUAUCCAGGUGUUAUGUACCUCUUUCAUUGUCACAGGCCUGCAAAAAAGAACUGUACAUCUUUUCAGAUGCAUCUGUUAUAGCAAUAGGUGCCGUUGCUUACUUGAAGGUAAGCGAUGUAGGAAAUGUCUGCCAUGUUGGAUUUGUUAUGGGAAAAUCCAAGCUAAGUCCUAGGCCAGCACACACAAUCCCACAUCUAGAGUUAUGUGCAGCUGUACUAGCGGUUGAACUGUAUGAGCUAGUGAGAGACGAGAUAGACCUAGACCUAGAUGCUGUGAAAUUCUUUACAGACAGUAAAACAGUCCUAGGCUAUAUCUGCAACACUACAAAGAGAUUCUUUUUAUAUGUUUCUAAUCGGGUGAACAGGAUCAGACAAACAACACGUCCAGAGCAAUGGUUCUAUGUGCCCUCAGAACAAAAUCCUGCAGAUUAUGCUACCAGGCCUACACAGAUAGCUUGCCUUCAGAACUCUAUAUGGUUUUCAGGGCCAACUUUUCUGUAUCAGACGGCUGUAGAUAGUCCUGACACCAAUGUUUACCCUUUAGUGGAGCCCGAAGCUGAUCCUGAAAUUAGGUCAGAAGUAGUAAGCUUCAGUACUAAAGCCCUUGACGCUAGACUGCAGCCACAUCGUUUUGUAAGAUUUUCGGACUGGAAGAGACUGAACAGGGUUAUAGCGAAGUUAAUCCAUGUUACCAAAAGCUUCCAAAAGAAACCUAAUGAUGAUCAACCUGGAAGUUGGAGAGUUUUCCAUGAAAGGGUUAGUUUAGAAGAACUUUCACUAGCCAAGAGAGUUAUAAUUUCUUCUGUACAGCGCACAUGUUUCAGACAAGAAUAUGACUGUAUUGAACAGCAAAAGAUGCUUCCUAAACAUAGCCGUCUUACAAAACUAAGUCCCUUUAUAGAUCAAUAUGGAUUAUUGAGAGUAGGUGGCCGUUUAUCUUAUGCCACGCUGUCAGAUGAAGAGAAACAGCCUGUCAUCAUUCCUCACUAUCACUACAUUGCUACCUUGAUCAUAAGAUAUUAUCACAGUCAGACAGUACACCAAGGACGACACAUUACUGAAGCUCAGAGGGAGAUUUGA